UGCUACCGCUAACUUUGCGGUGGUAUACUUUUCGCAUUGCAGGGAGGAGUCAGACGUUAGUUUCUUCAUUAAAGUGGCAUAUUUAUUGAUUUAUCGCCGUCUUUACAGCAUGUUUAGCUGCCUGAACCGAUAAUGUAGGUCGCGCAUAUCACUGACGUACAGCUAUCGACGAGUUAUCGUGUAAUCUUUCGGCAAAAGACCGAAGGAAACAGGAAAGCGGAACAAGUUAAGAAGCAGAAGCCAAAGCAUUUGAAAACACUGAAGUUUUCACAUUUUGUUUGCGCAACAUUUUGACUGCGUCCUCCUUCACAGUAAAUAAUUCACCAGAGGGAUCCGUCGUAGGCGACCAUGUCCAUGGCCCUGAAGCAAGUCUUCAACAAAGACAGAACGUUCCGGCCCAAGCGCAAGUUUGAGCCCGGCACGCAACGCUUUGAGCUGCACAAGAAGGCGCAGGCGUCUCUAAACGCGGGCCUGGACCUGAAGCAGGCCGUGCAGCUGCCGCACGGCGAGGACCUCAACGACUGGGUGGCCGUCCACGUGGUCGACUUCUUCAACCGCAUCAACCUCAUCUACGGCACAAUCAGCGACUCCUGCACCGACCAGACCUGCCCCGUCAUGUCCGGCGGGCCCAAGUACGAAUACCGCUGGCAGGACGAGCACAAGUACAAGAGGCCGACCGCGCUGUCCGCGCCCAAGUACAUGAGUCUGCUCAUGGACUGGAUCGAGGUACAGAUCAACAACGAGAACAUCUUCCCCACCAACAUUGGUACUCCCUUCCCUAAGUGCUUCAUGCAGGUGGCUAAGAAGAUUUUGUCUCGUCUAUUCCGGGUGUUUGUCCACGUCUACAUCCACCACUUCGACCGGGUCUCCCAGAUGGGGGCCGAGGCGCACGUCAACACCUGCUACAAGCAUUUCUAUUACUUCGUCACUGAGUUCAACCUGACGGACCACAAAGAACUGGAACCCCUGAAAGAGAUGACUGCUCGAAUGUGCCACUGAGGGACCUGAGGACACGUCCGUCUGUCCGUCCAUCUCCACGACUGAAUCAGAGAGAGAUAUGGGAGCAAAGAAAUCCAGAGUCUAUUUUUAUAUUUAAGUACUGUAAUCUAUUUUAUCCACAUUCUUUAGGUUUUCAACGAGAACAUUCUUGUGUGAGGCAAACUAUUCCUUUAAAAAAUAAAAAACAAAAGAGAAAAAACUCUUGUAGACAUGUUAUCAGAGCUCAGUAUUAAGUGGUGUAUGUUUGUGUUCAUGUUUUUCUAUUUUAUUUCAAUCAUUCCACCAUGCUAUCUCCUUCCUCUCGGUUUAAAAAUGAUCUGAAAUUAGAUUUUUAUUUCUGACUGUAAGUCUUAAAAAUCACUAUGUUGUUACAUUAAAGUGAUUUCUAAUCUCUUUUAA